GUCCGCGUGCACCUCUGUCAGUGGAGCAACCCAGUGGUGUCGACAGGCAGGGAAAGCCCUCACUGACUGUAAGUACAGUGUCUCCGGUGAAGACCGCCGCUCCGCACUCUUCCGCCGCGACAUUGAGGGCUGCGCGUCUGAACGGACUGAAAACCACCCCGAGACAACAACGCAAAGCUGUUGCAUUGUAUCUUUUCGUUUUUAGGGGGACAUGGCUGAUGUAAGUUUGAACGAGUCGUCCUCCGCGGACGUCGCAAAUAGGUUUGCUCGGAAAGGUGCCCUGAGGCAAAAGAACGUCCACGAGGUCAAGAACCAUAAAUUCAUAGCCAGGUUCUUCAAGCAGCCGACUUUCUGCAGCCACUGCACGGACUUCAUCUGGGGGUUUGGAAAACAAGGAUUCCAGUGCCAAGUUUGCUGUUUUGUGGUCCACAAGAGAUGCCAUGAAUUUGUCACGUUCUCCUGCCCGGGGGCAGAUAAGGGGCCCGAUACAGAUGAUCCCAGAACUAAGCACAAGUUCAAGAUCCACACCUAUGGGAGCCCCACCUUCUGCGAUCACUGUGGCUCUCUGCUCUACGGCCUCAUUCACCAGGGCAUGAAGUGCGACUCCUGCGAUAUGAAUGUCCAUAAUCAGUGUGUUAUGAAUGUGCCCAGCCUGUGUGGAACUGAUUACACUGAAAGGAGGGGGCGUGUUUUUCUCAAGUGUGAGGUCAGCGGAGAUAAACUGCAGGUCACAGUGACUGAAGCCAGAAACCUCAUUCCCAUGGACCCCAACGGGCUGUCUGAUCCAUAUGUGAAGCUCAAGAUCGUACCAGAUCCCAAAAAUGAGACCAAGCAGAAGACCAAAACGAUCCGCUCCAGCCUCAACCCCAAAUGGAACGAGACGUUCACUUUCAAGCUGAGGAAUACAGAUAAAGACCGCAGACUAUCAGUAGAAGUGUGGGACUGGGAUCGGACCACGAGGAAUGACUUCAUGGGAGCCCUUUCCUUUGGCGUGUCAGAGCUCAUGAAGGCUCCAGUCUGUGGAUGGUAUAAGUUAUUGUGCCAGGAGGAGGGGGAGUACUACAAUGUUCCCAUCUCAGAGGAGGAUGAUGGUAAUGAGGAACUGAGGCAGAAAUUUGAGAAAGCCAAACUUGGUCCCACUAAGAAGGUGAUCACUGAGACUGAUGACAGCCACUCCAGCCAGCUCCCAUCAAACAGCCUGAACCAGGUCAAACUCAUCGACUUCAAUUUCCUAGCUGUGUUGGGGAAGGGAAGCUUUGGCAAGGUGAUGCUAGCAGAGAUGAAGACCACUGAGGAGCUGUAUGCUAUAAAGAUUCUGAAGAAGGAUGUGGUAAUCCAGGAUGAUGAUGUUGAAUGUACCAUGGUGGAGAAGAGAGUCCUGGCCCAGCAGGACAAACCGCCCUUCCUCACAUACCUCCACUCGUGCUUCCAGACAGUGGACCGCCUGUACUUUGUCAUGGAGUAUGUGAAUGGUGGAGACCUUAUGUACCAUAUCCAGCAAGUGGGCAAGUUCAAGGAACCUCAGGCAGUGUUCUAUGCAGCAGAGAUCGCUGUUGGUCUCUUCUUCCUGCACUGUAAAGGAAUCAUUUACAGGGAUCUGAAGUUGGACAACGUGAUGCUGGACUCUGAGGGACACAUUAAGAUUGCUGACUUUGGCAUGUGUAAAGAGAACAUGACAGAAGGAGUCAGCACGAGGACCUUCUGUGGCACUCCAGACUACAUAGCUCCAGAAAUCAUAGCAUAUCAGCCAUACGGUCGCUCUGUAGACUGGUGGGCAUAUGGAGUUCUGCUCUAUGAAAUGCUUGCAGGACAGCCUCCAUUUGAUGGUGAAGAUGAGGAUGAGUUGUUCCAGUCCAUUAUGGAGCACAAUGUGUCCUACCCCAAGUCGAUGUCCAAAGAAGCUGUCUCUAUCUGCAAAGGGUUGAUGACCAAACACCCAUCCAAACGUCUGGGCUGUGGCGCUGAGGGAGAGAGGGACAUCAGAGAACACGCCUUCUUCAGACGCAUCGAUUGGGAACGUCUCGAGAACAGAGAGAUACAGCCCCCCUUUAAGCCUAAAGUGUGCGGCAAAGGAGCAGAGAACUUUGACAAGUUCUUCACACGCACCCAGCCCCAGCUCACACCGCCAGAUGAGCUGGUUAUUGCCAACAUUGACCAGGCCGAGUUCGCAGGGUUCUCUUUCAUCAACCCCCAGUUUGUACACCCGUCGCUCAACAACAGCGAAUGAGAAGGAUGGGAAAACCUCUGUGAGGAACCUUUCUGCUCAUCGCUACCCAUUUAAACCAACCACCCACCUAACAUCUGACUACCAUUCAAUCCUAAUGUAUUGGUGUUAUUCCUAAGCAGGAUUCUAGGGCAUGCACAUUUUGCCAGUAUAUAUUUUGAAUUGGAGAGGCUGUAUUUGUCUACAAUUUAAGAAAUGUAUUUCUCUGCGUAUAAAUCUCAAUGGAUUGAAGUUAUAUUCUACAGAAAUAAUUGGCAGGUUGUAAAUUGUAUCUACUUGGAUAAUCACAGUAUGGAUAUUAUGUGAUAAUCUGAGAAACACUCGUUAGGCAGUGUAGAUGCUAUAGCCAAAUAUGAAGGAGAGGCGGUGCAGGCGUUUAAACAGCACCUUGUUGUUCAAUGUUUCCUGUAUAAUGUUUACAGUUUUUCUCUCCUUUGAUUUCAUGGUGGUGGUGUAAAAUGAAAUGUUUUUACAAAUUGAUUCUAGGCAGUCUCAACUUCCAGUGUGUGUGUAGCAAGCCAACUGAAGGAUUAACGGUGAGGUCCUAAAACAUAUGCAGCCUGUAAACUAUCAAAGUGUUGCGUCAUUUUGGCAACAAGUUCACUUGGCUUUACUGUUAUCAGCCACUUUGACCUGAUUGUGACAAAAAAUAAUAGUUUUAGCUCCCAAUCCCUUGUCCUUAUUAAGCUUCAGCUUGUAUACUUUCCUUGUGAAUGAUUUUGUGGACAGUAUGCGGACACACAAGUUUAACAGUGGCAGUCUUAUUAACCUACCUUGAAAUCAAACCGUUUACAGUUUGUCAUAGUCUAACACUUUUUAGAGUUAAUCACUGUUUUGUCCCAUGCUACACCCACAGAGCCUCACAUUGGUCUUAAAUGUUGUAACAGAGACUGUAAAGAAAUUUUCAGUUGCUGAACACAUAACAUUUUGUAUCAGUGUGCAUUAACCAUAAAAUGUUUUAUUGAAUAUGGUGUCAUCAGCUUAAAAGCUGAUAAAACACUGAAGUUCGAUACAGAAAUUUGAUAUCAAAUUUGAAAUCCUUUCCCGUUGCGUUGCUGUAAUGAGAACAAACUUGUCUUUCAUUUGGAGCCAUUAUUAGUUAAAUCAGUUUUUGUUUUGGGGGUUUUGUUUUUACUGUUUUUACAGAUUUGAUCUCACUCUCAUACCGUAUUUUUCCAUUAUAGCAGAAUAAUAUUUUAAUGUACUUAAAACUGGUGUGCAUCUGUAAAUAAUUGCAAGUUCUUUAAAAAGAAAAGAAAGUAUAGCAAGUUACAGUUUUAUACCAACACCUGAAUGUGCUUUUAUUACAUCAGUUAGAUAAGCCAAUAUUUGUAUGUUAAAAGCCCAGUACAGAUCAGCACUGUAACAGUUUCUUUAACAGAGUCCACAUUUAGAAAGUUGUGAAACAUUUGUUCUACUCUUUGUCUGAAUUAUAUAAAAUUCUUCUUUUAAAAAAAUAAUAAUUUUUGAGCGAUUUUGACUGCAAAUUGUGUGUUGAUUGGAUACACGUCUGGCUGUUGACCGUCCCUUCGUAUCUGCAUGCUGUUGGUAGGCAUCAUUCAUGCACGUGAUACAUUACGGUAAAUGCUGCAUGCUAAAAAAGUACGAAACUCCAAAGAAAAACAAUGUCACAGUAAUCAAAAUCGUGGUUUACAGUAAGUACAGAUCCACUUUAAUGUUUUUACUGGUUUCUUAAAGAAUGGUGACCGUGAUUAGCUUAACUACAUGCUGGCUAAAAAAAAUCCUACUGAUAGCACUUCACUCUUAAUGGAACAAGUUGUCAAAAUGUUAGUAGUAAUGUCUCAAUCUGCUCCUGCUUGCUCUGAUUCUGUAUGUGCUGUUUAGUACAAACUGUAUUUUUCUUUUUUUUUCUUUUUUUUACAAAAAUGCACUAUUUCCAUCUCAAUUCGCCCACACAGCUCCAAACAAACCCACAUUCAGCUUGUUUGUAGGUCUUGCCUUGUGAGUGUUAAACAAUCAAAAGAUUAGAUAGUAAAAACAACGCGCUCCUUUCUCCUCUCUUACACCUUUUCCUUUACCUCAAUCGAAAAUGUCAUGAAGUCAGGAAAAAAGGUUAAGGAUAAUCUGUAGGGACUUAGAGAAACAACAGUGGUGCUAGGAGAAUGUGACCUCCACUAGCAGUUCAUCUUAGAGAGACCACAUCUGAAGUAUGUGUAUAAAUGUGGAUAAACCAGUAAAAGGUGUUACUUCAUUACCAAGGUUGGAUUUGUUCAAUCCUACGAGUUUAACAUAUUGCUGAAAUUUCAAAACACAUAAUUGUAUUAGGAGGUUUAUGGACAACACAGCAAUGAUUUGCAAGUGGUCUGCAUCCCUUAGCAGCAAUGUUGAUUGUUAGCUUUCGAGAUUUCUUUAGUAAAGGAUUCUCUAGUGUAUGAUAUGCCAAAGUAGAAAAGAAAGGAAGCAAGGAGGCACUGAAAAACCUUUCCUUUGCAGUCAGAGAAUUCGACCAUCUGUUAUCGUGGUUGCUGUUUAAAUAACUGGUCAAAAGACAAUUUCACCAAAAACCAGAUUUAAGGUGGGCCGUUACACAUCCCUGCCGAUUAUUAUCGCUGCUUAACUGAGAAAACUAGUCAGCUGUCUCAGUCAUUCAGUGCAGAUAGAUUGGUGAUUGUGAAAACAAGCUACAAGAUCAACAGUGAUUUGCCAAAAGAAUGCAGAUCACAGGAUUUGAAUGCUAUCGAAUAGACAUUUAUUAUAGCAUAAAUGUAAAUACAUCUAGUAAUAGCAGAUAGACUUAAAUUGCUUUUUAAAUUCUUUCAUGAGACCUAGUCGCUGUCACAGGGCUUAGAUCAGUGCUGUCUUCUGUAGAAGCUUGAUAUACUGCAUAUAUAUUGUAUAGAUAUAUAUAUGCACGCGUAUACACUCCCCGUGCUCCUUUUGCCUUUACCUAAGAGAAUUUGGAACACAGAGUCCAGAUCUUUGGUGAGUUUUGGCUUAGACACUCUGAUAAUUGGUAGAUCAGUGGGGGGACCACACGCUCUCUAGUGUCUCAUGAAUGUUUAUUAUAAUCUUAAUGUUGUGUUGUUGUUGCUUUUUUUCCCUUUUUGGUUGUUUCUUUUUUUUUUUGCUCUCAUUUUUUUGUUGUCAGUUUUAUUUCUCUAGCAUCUGCACAAUUCAGGAAUGUUUCAAAGGAUAUAUCUCAGUAUCAUACUGCAAAGCUUAUAUCUAACUGACAUAGAUAGGAUGGAUAUUGUUUGAAUGUAAUUGAACUUAAUAUUUUGUCAGUAUUUUUGUCCGAUCUCUCCUAGUUUGUUUCCCAUCUUAUACGGACAUUUGCAUGUGCCAAACCUGGAAAACACCGGAAUUUGAAAAUUGCAGCGUCGCACUAGCUGCGGUCACCAAAACAACUUUGUUUGGCAGCUUCUAAAGGCAUACGCUGCUGUACAGUCAGUUGGCCACAUUACAGUAGCAUGCUAACACGAGUAUACAGUGCACAUUGUGUCAGUACACUUAACAAUGCCAGUCGGUUUGAUAAUCAACUUAUCCUGCACGUUGUUCCCUUUGGGCAGAACAUUUCAUUUGGUAGAGCGUUUGAUAUUCACAGUGAAUUUCAGAGAAAUGAGAGAAAAUAUUCCUUGUACAUACUCAGAGUUUGCUCAGCAGCAGUCUUGCCCUUGUCUAAACCUAACUUGCACCUCUGUAUGUGACAAGUGCUGACUUAAUAGCCUAGCUUCAUCCCUUUAAUAGAAUCUCUGUUGACUUGCUGUGUUUUCAAAAUGUCAAGUCACAGUCGGUGUGGGCAUAAAGAUUAUUCCUCCCUUGUGUGCCUUUCCCAGCUUGUACACCUAUACUGUACAUAUUCUUUUUACUCUUUGUCUACCGUGUUCUAACCUGAAGUCUCUUUUCCAUUUUUACUUCAUAUCACAACUCAGCGUCUCAGAUCUUAAUGUUAAAUGUGUUUUCAAACUAGGUAAUUAAUAAAAAUAAUAAUAAUAAUUCACACGAAUGUAAUUUUAAAGUUUUUUUUUUGUCACUGUCACAAUAACCUUUAACUGUCUAAAGAUUUUAAACUGGAUUCAUUCUUGCGUGUCUCCUACCUUUACCUCCCUGUGCCUAUUUAUGACUGUACAACAUGGCGAAUUAAUUAAUAUUCUGUAUCAAAAAUAUCAAAAGAUUACGCUUGUUGAUGGAUGAGUGAAGAAUGAACAGGUGAUGAAUUGGGUUAAGCCGAAAUGAAUGACAGGAGAGAUGAUAAUUGCUCGUUUUGAAGAACAACCCCCGUGCCUCAUCAUAUUGAACCGUCCCUCCUUUGUCCUCUCUUUGAAUCAAUCUGUAGUUCCUUCCUCAGUGCCUGGGCCAUGUAAAUCCAUUCCUCAUUGAUAGUGUCCCCCACCUUUUAGAUCCUAGGGUAGUGGUUAUUGUAUCACUUUGUGAGUCUGCACGUGUCAUCAAGACUAAAUGUGGUCCUGGGAACACCUACUCUAGUGGGAACUGCCACAAAAGCAGGUGAACACAGUAACAUCACAACUUUACAGGUGUGUAGUUGGGAUCAAACGCAGUUGUGGUCUAAACCAUAAGUUCCCAAAAAAGAUUAGAAGUAGGGGGGCAAGAGGCCCAGUGGCCCUGUCUGUUAUCACGCCCCUAUCAAACAGUCUUUUGUAUUGUAUAUGUAUUUGUAAAUCACCAUACGAAGAGUCGUAUUUGGUGUAUAAACUCACUACUUUCCUCUAUGGGGCUAGUCCUACAACUCCUUGGUGCUGCAGCUGGUUUGAUCCCAUCACAAGUUGGUCUCUAGUUUCUAGUUCACGCAAUUCACUCAACAGAGACGACAUCAGCCCAAGACUUUUCAGUUCUCUCUGGGUUUGACUAAUGCACCGCAGGAAAGAAAUUAGCCAAAAGUAUUUGUUCUUUUACAUUUUUUACAUGUCCUCAACUUUUUUUAAUUUAGUUAGGGUUAGGUUUAAAGCUAUGGUCAUACAGCUGUUUCAAGAUUUUAUUUUAAUUUAUAGAUUUUAAUUAGUAAUUCUGUCAGUCCUUUUCUGUGGAUGAAUCUGGUAUGACGUCUUCUUUGUAGUUAGUCAUCACUCUGCUGUUUCCUGCUCGAUUUGAAUUAAGAGAGUUUUAAGUAAACUAUCCUCUUGGCCAAUCAGAGCAUAAGAUCAUGUGCAAAAAUGCCUUAUAUCUUAAUCCACAGUGUAACCAGUUCUCCCACUUUCCUCUGUUCAGUUAUAAUCUCUGCACCCCUGUCCUGUACAUAAAUGACUUAAAUUAGAUAUCUACAUAGACUGUAAAAGAAAGAACAUAUUGUAUUUUGCAAAUGGUGUAUGUUUGUUAUUUUUUUUCCCUUGUCAGCCUGAAACCUUUAAAAUGAGUCUGAGCUACUUACCUUGUAAUUGAUUGUGUCAUUUGUACCUAAUGUAUGAUAAUGCAAAUAAAAAAAGAAAAAUGAGGUCCAU